GGGGGCAGCGGGGCCGGCCAGCGGCCGGGGCCGGGGCCGGGGCCGGGCCGGGCCGGGCCGAGCCGAGCCGGGCCCCCCGCCCAGCCCGCCGGGGCGCUGCGAGCAGCGGGCGCUGCCCCGCCGCGGGACCCGCACGGCCGGGCCAGCGUGAGGCCCCCAGCGAGCGCGGUCACCGAGCUGCCACCACCCACAGCCGGCGCACGGGCCACCAGCGUCCCCCUGCCCCCCGCGGAUGACAGCAGCGUCCUGCAGCAGCCGUGCCACCUGCAGCAGCCGUGCCAGCCACCAGAGCCGUGCCAGCCACCAGAGCCGUGCCACCCAUCAGAGCUGUGCCACCUGCCAGAGCCACGCCAGACUGUCUUCAUGAGGGACAGCCCUGGAGCCCGGAGGGACACACGGUGCUCAGGAUGCUGAGUCUGGCCUAGUGCCCGAGCCCAGCAAGCUGAGAGGGAGGUCUGCGAGGGCUCUGCCACACUGUCCCUGAGCCAUGGUCUAGGAAGCACUGGGACCAUGAAGGGCUUAGGAGACAACAGAAGCCGCCAUCUCUCAGAAAACCUGGACUCCCCUCAAGACUCUCUUUAUGCCCCCCAGGACAGGAACCCUUAUCUCCUCAGCCCCACUGACUCCUUCACCAUGGAUCCCCGAUUCCCAGCCCAGAACACCGUCCACGGCGACUGUCUCCUUCCACUCAAUAACCAGAUCUCCAACAGCAGCACUUUCCCCCGCAUCCAUUACAACUCCCACUUCGAGGUCCCGGAUGACAACCCCUUUCCGAGCCAUGCCCAAGCCACAAAGAUCAACCGCCUGCCUGCCAACCUCCUCGACCAGUUUGAGAAGCAGCUGCCCAUCCACAGGGACGGCUUCAGCACCCUGCAGUUCCAGCGGAGCGACGCGAAGCACCGGAGCGAGAGCCCAGGGCGCAUCCGGCACCUGGUGCACUCCGUGCAGAAGCUCUUCGCUAAGUCCCAGUCUCUGGAGGGCCCCACCAAGGGCAACGUCAACGGGAAGAAGGGGGCAGAUGACGCCAAGCAAAACCGGAGGAGCAAGAGCAAGGACCGGGCAAAGACCUCCGAGCCCAAGCGCAGGACCAGGUCCAACAUCUCCGGCUGGUGGAGCUCCGAUGACAACCUGGACAGCGACACCUGCAGCUACCGCAACCCCAUGGGGCUGAUGACGCUGGGCCGGCAGCCCGACCACAGCCAGCCAAAGUACUUCAUGCACGCCUACAACACCAUCAGCGAGCACAUGCUGAAAUCCUCCAAGAGCAAUAAUGACCUCAAGGUCACCCCUUGCACCAAUAUUCCCAUCAACAACGACUCCAACUACAUCAAGCGGGGCUCCUGGUCCACGCUGACGCUCAGCCAUGCCCGGGAGGUGUGCCAGAAGGCCUCCGCCACCAUUGACAAAGCCUUGCUCAAAUCCAAGUCCUGCCACCAGGACCUGGCCUACCACUACCUGCAGCCUGACGCAGGGCUGUGGGCACAGCCGGGUGGCAUGGGCCUGGCCAGCAGCUGGGCAGCCCCAUCGCUCGGCUGGGAGGACACGGCCGCCCUGCGGAGCUGGGACCAGCCCCUCAGCCCCGGGCCGACCGACGCAGGCAGUGGCCAGGUGCCUCACGGGGAGUGGAACAACACACUGUCCCGGGACAAGGACAGCGAGAUCCCGUGCCGGCGCAUGCGGAGCGGGAGUUACAUCAAAGCCAUGGGGGAUGAUGAUAGCGAGGACUCAGAAACCAGCCCCAAACCAUCCCCGAAAACUGCAGCUCGGAGGCAGAGUUACCUCAAGGCCACCCAACAGUCCCUGAGUGAGCAGAGCACCACACAAAGGAGCCUGGACCGCCUGGACUCUGUCGAGAUCCUCCUACCUCCGAAGUUCCCCACCUGGGAGGAAGAAUACAACCAGAUCUCUGACAGUGCCAACGAGUCCAGCUGCAUCAACCAGAUCUUUGGACCCCCCUCACUUAUCCCUCAGAUAUUUACCCAUGGAGAGCAGGCACCCGAGCCGGAGCUGGGGGAGCAGUACGAGCCCGUCUGCGACUCCACCUACAGCGAGGCCGAGUCGGCGGCUGCGGAGGUGCUGGACCUGCCUCUGCCCAGCUAUUUCCGAUCCCGGAGCCACAGCUACCUCCGCGCCAUCCAGGCGGGCUGCUCCCAGGAGGACGACACGGGCUCCGUCCGCUCCAUCUCCCCGCCGCCCACGGGCAGCCUCAGCGGCAGCAGGACCCUGCCCACCAACAGUUCAUCAUGCCUAGUGGCAUAUAAAAAGACGCCACCUCCUGUCCCACCUCGGACCACGUCCAAGCCGUUCAUCUCUGUCACUGUGCAGAGCAGCACUGAGUCAGCCCAGGACACCUACCUGGACAGCCAGGACCACAAGAGUGAGGUCACCAGCCAGUCGGGGCUCAGCAAUUCCUCAGACAGCUUGGACAGCACCAGGACACCCAGCGUCACCAGGGGCAGCGUCGUCACUCCGGCCAGAGACACUCCAGAGUUACCUCAGAAAAAUGCAACUUUGAAAAGUGACAAAGGGACUCUGACUAACGAAGAGCCUAAAGUGGAGAAUAUCCCCAAAAGAAAGCUAUCAUCUAUCGGAAUACAAGUUGACUGCCUUCAGCCAGUGGCAAAAGAGGAGCCUCCACCACCAGUCACCAAAUUCCAGUCCAUCGGGGUGCAGGUAGAGGACGAGUGGCGAAACAGCCACUCUCGCAGCAUGUCCUCCAAACAGGACACAGACUCUGACACACAGGAGCCAAAUAACUCCAGCUGUAAAGCAUCUGAGAGAAGCCUCGCUGAGUGCCCCCAGCACAACAACUCUGUUGGUGUUGAUGCCUCCACCAGGCAACCAGCCAAGCCCUCACAGAUUAAGAGAAACCUCUCCUAUGGAGAAAACAACGACCCAGCCCUGGAGCCUUCUUCUCUCCCUCCUCCUGACCCCUGGCUCGAGAGCUCCUCCACGUCGCCGUCCGAGCCGGCGCAGCCGGGGCCCUGCCGGCGGGACGGCUUCUGGUUCCUGAAGCUGCUGCAGGCAGAGACCGAGCGCCUGGAGGGCUGGUGCCGCCAGAUGGACCAGGAGACCAAAGAGAACAAUCUCUCGGAGGAAGUGUUAGGAAAAGUGCUGAGUGCAGUGGGCAGUGCACAGUUACUAAUGUCACAGAAGUUCCAGCAAUUCCACGGCCUCUGUGAGCAAAACUUGAACCCUAAUGCCAAUCCCAGACCCACAGCCCAGGACUUGGCUGGAUUUUGGGAUCUCCUCCAGCUGUCCAUUGAAGACAUCAGCAUGAAGUUUGACGAGCUGUACCACCUCAAAGCUAAUAGCUGGCAAUUGGCAGAGACACCGGAGAGAAAGGAAGAGAAGAAACCACCCCCUCCAGUGCCAAAGAAGCCGGCCAAGUCCAAAUCGCAGCUGAGCCGGGACAAAGGCUCCGACUCGGACAAGCAGCGGCAGGAGGCGCGGAAGCGGCUGAUGGCGGCCAAGCGCGCGGCCUCCGUGCGGCAGAACUCGGCCACCGAGAGCGCCGACAGCAUCGAGAUCUACGUCCCCGAGGCCCAGACCCGCCUCUGAGCCCAGCCAUGGCCAGCCCGUGGCUUUUAUAAGUCAUUAAAUGGGGAAAAAAAAAAUGGUUCUCUUGAAACUAGUGUGAUUUAUUCAGUCUAGAGACAAUGAGCCAUCCUUGAAAAGGGCUCCUGAGUUGGCUUUUUUCUCUCUCAGCUUUAAGUAAUGAAGAUUUUAACAAAAAAAAAAUACAAACAAAAAAAAAUUUAAAAAAGAAAAAUGCCCCUCGUUUUCUCCCCAGCUGUGGUGUUGCUGAAUGGACUGGACAGACUCUUGGGAACUCCAGCCCCUCGACUUGGAACUUCAGUCUUUUUACUUGUUCUAUCUCAUGAGAAUUAUUAGCUUGUUUACAAGAAGAGGACAAGAAAACACGAAACCUUGAGCACUUGCCAUGCUGUGUUCUUCCUCCUCCUCAGAUCUGUUCUGCCCUUCUCAUCCUUUAUUUUUCCCUCCUCCUGCUCCUGUUCUCCCACCCUUUGCAUGGUUUCGGUUCCCGUGUCCGGACACCCCUAUGCCCGCAGAGAACACCUGUGGUGUGUCACUCCUGCUGCCCUCUCCAGCCAGCAGCCUGCUGGGCUUUGUGUUCUUGGGAUGGGGAUGCUGGAGUGGGGGAGGACAGGAAAAGGGGUCCUAUCCUUGGCUUGUUGGAGGGAGAGGACACCGGGGCUGUGCAAUGUUGGGUUGAAGUGCAGCCCAGAAACCAAAUGUGCAAUAAACCUGGCGCAGGGGAUCCCAAGAGCUGGACCCCGCUCCGGGCACAGGAGCAGAGCUGGAGGAGCACAGAGCAUGAGCCACAUCACUUUGGUUUCCCUCCUCUUCCCGUUCCCACCCCGUUGUCCUUGGCUGGCUGGUGGAGAGAGGAGCUGCUGCAGCGGGGGCUGUGGGGUCAGCGUGUCCAGGAGGAGACAGGAGGGUGUACAUAUGCACAUAUACACUUAGUAGUACCUGUAUAGUAAUUCCUACACACGGAUCCUGCCCACGCCGCCGCGGGGGUGGGCAGAUGUAUAGCAUAUAUUUUUACAUGUACUAUAUCUAGAUGUGUGUCCAAGUGUGUGUAAAAAUAUAUACCCUGUGUGUAAGCAGAUGACUAUUUUUUCCUUAUCUCCCUGCUCUCUGGGUAGAGGAAGGACUGCUAAAUAUUUUUUAGCCCAUUUUUUCUUCCCCUUUGUAGGUCUCCUUUCUGGUCUGGCUCCUCGGAGCCAGAGCUACCACCCCCUAAUUCUUUGCCAUCCUCUCACACAGAAGGUUUUUGUCCCAUUCUGAGGGAUCUCGCUGGGGAUUUUUUUUUUUCCCCCCUCUUCACACAUUUGAACAAGUUGGGAGAUUGUGCGCUACUGUCAUGGGGGUGGAGGUGGAAUCCCAGUGGUUUCAGUGAGAGUGUUGGUGAUCCAGAAGGCAAAAAAUAAAUAAAAGUGAAAUCCUGAA